AUGGAUGGUGGACUUCACAGUGUGGAUGGACCAUCAUAUUUCUCUGACUCUGGGCAACCUCGUACUGUGAGGGAUGGUACCGGAAUUCAGGGGGAGGAGACAUUUUCCUGUCCUGAAUGUGGUGAAAAUUUUGACUCCUUGUCCCAUCUUUACAAACACCAGAGCUCUCACAAGAGGAAAAAUUUAUAUCCCUGUCCUGAGUGCGGGAAAUAUUUUUCAGAGAUGUCCAAUCUUUACACACAUCAGAAGAUUCACACAGGAAUGAAGCCAUAUUCCUGCUCUGAAUGUGGAAAAUCUUUUCCACAUAAAUCAAAACUUGUCAGACAUCAAACAUCUCACACGGGGGAGAGGCCGUAUUCCUGCCCUGAGUGCGGAAAAUGUUUUCCAGAAAAGUCCAGUCUUUACAGACAUCAGAGGAUUCACACGGGUGAGAAGCCACAUUCCUGUCCUGAGUGCGGAAAAUGUUUUUCACAGAAAUCAGCCCUUGUUAAACAUCAAAGAUCUCAUACCAUGGUGGAGUCAUCCAGCUACACAAACCCACCAGAGAAAUGUCCCCGUCCUCUGUAUUCCCAGGAUUCCACACAGGAAGAUCACACCAUCCCUCACCAUCAUCAGGUAGGUGGAAAAACUGAACUCAUCACACAUUACAGAUCUCAUACUGGCAAGAAGUUGUAUUCCUGUCUCAAGUGCAAGAAAUGUUUUUCACAAUUGUCCCAUCUUUACAUUCAUCAAAGGUUUCACAUGAAGACAAAGUUGUAUUCCUGCACCGAGUGUGAGAAAUGUUUUGCAUGGAAAUCAGGACUUGUUAUGCAUCAAAGAUCUCACACAGGGGAGAGGCCGUUUUUCUGUCCUGAGUGCGGGAAAUGUUUUUUACAGAAAUCAGGCCUUGUUAGGCAUCAAAGAUCUCACAGAGGAGAGAAACCGUAUCCCUGUCCUGAGUGUGAUAAAAGUUUUUCACUGAAGUCCAAUCUUAGCAGACAUCAGAGGAUUCACACAGGGGAGAAGCCGUAUUCCUGUCCUGAGUGUGGGAAAUGUUUUUCACGGGCAUUCCAUCUUUACACACAUCAUCAGUCUCACACGGGGGAGAGGCCGUUUUCCUGUCUUGAGUGUGGGAAAUGUUUUAAACAGAAAUGUGACCUUGUUAGGCAUCAAAGAUCUCACAGAGGAGAGAAGCCGUAUUCCUGCUCUGAGUGUGGGAAAUGUUUUUCACAGAAAUCAAGACUUGUGGUGCAUCAAAGAUCUCACAGUGGAGAGAAGCCAUUUCCCUGCCCUGAAUGUGAUAAAAGUUUUUCGGAUAAGCCCAAGCUUUACAGACAUCAGAUGAUUCACACGGGGAAGAAACCGUAUUCCUGCCCUGAGUGUGAUAAAAGUUUUUCGGAUAAGUCCAAACUUUACAGACAUCAGAGGAUUCACACGGGGGAUAAGCCGUAUUCCUGUUCUGAGUGUGGAAAAUGUUUUUCACGAAAUUUAGACCUUGUUGUACAUCAAAGAUGUGACAGACAGGAGAAGCCGUAUUCAUGUGCUGAGUGUGGUAAAUGUUUUCCAUGGAAAUCAGACCUUGUUCGACAUCAAAGAUCUCACACUGGGGAGAAGCCAUACUCCUGUCCUGAGUGCAAGAAAUGUUUUUCACAGAAAUCAGACCUUGUAAGACAUCAAAGAUCUCACACGGGAGAGAAGCCGUUUUCAUGCUCUGAGUGCGGGAAAUGUUUUUCAAAGAAACCAGACCUUCUUAAACAUCAACGGUCUCACACGGGGGAGAAGCCGUAUUCCUGUCCUGGGUGUGGGAAAUUUUUUUCACAGAAAUCAGACCUUGUUACACAUCAAAGAUCUCACAUGGGGGAGAAGCUAUAUUCCUGCCCUGUGUGUGGGAAAUGUUUUUCAGAGAAGUCUAGUCUUUACAGACAUCAGAGGAUUCACAUGGGGGAGAAGCUGUAUUCCUGUCCUGGGUGUGGGAAAUGUUUUUCAGAGAAGUCCAGCCUUUACAGACAUCAGAGGAUUCACACAGGGGAGAAGCCGUAUUCCUGUCCUGGGUGUGGGAAAUGUUUUUCAGAGAAGUCCAGUCUUUACAGACAUCAGAGGAUUCACACGGGGGAGAAGCCGUAUUCCUGUCCUGGGUGUGGGAAAUGUUUUUCAGAGAAGUCCAGUCUUUACAGACAUCAGAGGAUUCACACGGGGGAGAAGCCGUAUUCCUGUCCUGGGUGUGGGAAAUGUUUUUCAGAGAAGUCCAGUCUUUACAGACAUCAGAGGAUUCACACGGGGUAG